AUGGCAACUAAUACGAGCAACGGUACGCAGGAACGUGACUUCGUGGGACCUGAUGAUUCCGACGAAGAAUUUGCUGACGCACGUUCAACUGGCACCCUUGGAGUUUAUAGUAUUAAAAAGAGUCGUUCUUUGUCUUUUCUCGAAGAUUUUUUGGGAUUUGACGAUCCUCCUUACGUAACCACUAGCUCACCAAAUAUUAACUUCUUUCAAAAUAACAACGCAAAAUUGGCUACACCUGAGCAAAAUAAAUCAUUUAUAAGUUUAUGCGCCUCGAUUAUAGGGGAAAAUUAUAGUGGUGACCCGCUAUCACUUGCCUCUUUUAUUGAUAAAAUUGCCCGUAUUGAAGAAUUGUCAGACGAAAGCCUCACUACAACAUUUAUUGCAUUUUUGAAAUCCAAACUUGAAGGUAAAGCUCGCGAGUCCCUACCAACGCAAAUAAGCUCAGUUAGCCAAAUUAAAGAAGCGCUGUCUAGCAAAAUAAAGCCAGAUGACUCGAAAGUUGUCGCUGGUAAGAUUGCAGCUUUAAAAGUGCAUAACAACAAUUAUUCAGAUUUUGCGAAACAGGUAGAAGAGCUCGCAGAUGCUCUGGAGCGUUCACUUAUUAUUGAAGGGAUGACACAAGCGAAAGCUCACGAGUUGGCAGUCGAGCAAACAAUAAAUGUUUGUAGGCUCAACAGCCGUUCAGAUAUGGUAAAGUCGAUACUAGCAUCGUCAACCUUCAGUGACUCGAAAGAUGUUGUAGCGAAAAUGAUUGUGGAGCACGACAAUAUAGUAAAAGAGCGGCAGGUGUUGGCUUUUAGGUAUGAAGGUGAGUGGUAUAACAACAAGAAACAUGGAUAUGGUGUGACUACAUUCCGUGACGGUUCAUUUGAAGAGGGGAAAUACAAAAAUAACAUUUUAAUUACCAGCCAAAAAAAGAAACAUUUAUUCCUAGCGAGAUCACGGAAAUUUAGAGACCGCAUCACCAUAGCAGUUAAUUCGGCACAAAGAGCUUUAAAAAUGGCAAUGCAGCGAUCUGAUAUUGCCAUUUCUCGUACUUCUACUGCAACUGACAGAGCUCAAAACGCCGACGUUGCAGCUGAUCAGGCUCGUAUCGACUGUGAAAUCGCAGUUAGAAUUGCACGAGAAUUCGCCCCAGAUUUUAAGCCAUCAGUUUUAGAACGAUUUGAAAAGUUGCGCUAUCGUAAUGAACUUAAGUUUACUCCCUCAACAAAAAACAACAACCCAUCCUCUUAUAGCGGAAAUCUUGUAGAGCGCCAUAAAAAUGCGUCUACUUUACAGGAAAUGCGUGAAUCUGAUCUCAAUAAACGAAUAGAAUCUAAAAUACACUUGCAGAAUUCGAUGCAAUCACAAAGACCCCAUAUAACACCUCAAACAGACUUUGUAAAUUUAGUUAACCAACAAAGCUAUUCUGGCAGUAAUGCUUUAGAUUCGAUGUAUUCUUUACAAGAUAAAAAAAAUGAGCAACGAUUAAAGCAAUAUCAAGAUAGCACACAAGUAAGUCAGCUCAGCAGAAAGAAUAAUACGGUAAUGAGUGACUUAGCGGAAAAUAACAAUUUGGCACAUGGCAAUAGAAUGGAACCAGGUGAAACAACUCUAAAAAAUAACAGGAACAAUCAUUACAGUAAUAACUACUCUGCCAAUGCAAAUAAAACCGACGACUAUACUUACCAUACUUUUGAUGGUGAACAGACAAAUUUACAAACUCUUUUUAACCAACAACAUUUCCAAGCUAUUUCACCACAAAUACCUACGCACACCUUUCCUGACAAAAAUUAUCUUUUCUCGCGCGAUCCAUCACAACAUCAAGAUGUAUUAGGAGCAACGGAAAAACAAACUAGACCGCCAUCACUUCAUGAAAUGAAUCAAAAACUUUCUAUUGAUUACUUUGACCACUAUAAAAGGCCUCCAAGUCGAGACUCAUCAAUAGAUCGAUAUACCCGAGCUGCUAGUCGUGUUAAUGAAAGUGCAGGUUCUCGGAAAGCUUCAGUAGAUAAAUGUAUACCAUUGCAAAUAAGAGACCUAUUAACACCAAAUGGAGAAGGUUCCUACUCAAGGGAUACCUUUCCUCGAUCAGCCAUAACUCAAACAAACCCUAAUUCACAGUUGAGUCUCGCGGAAGAACAAAUUUCACGGUUAGCCAAACAGCCAUUUGAAGAUGUUGUUUUGCAUCAACAAUCACUGGGCCAAGAUAUUAUUCCAUCACCAAUGUCUCCAAAACGGACAGAAAGCUUGUACAUACCUCCGAAAAAAAUAGAUCAAAGAACCACUCCGAUAAACGCUUUUAAUUAUGCAGGAAGCAAACAAAAAAAGGAAUUGGGAAUCGAAUGCGCGGGUACCGCCCGGGAAAUACGCAAGCGCAUAACGGCUCUGGCGGCCAAGGCACAUACCGACCCGGAGAUCUACGCCAAAUUCCAGGCGAUGGAGACCACCUGCAAAUACAGUGAGGCUACUUCGGAGGACGAGGAUGAGCAGAAGACACCAGUAUCAGAGGAUGAACAGUCAGUUGGCAGUACCACUACACCAGCACCAACCACCAACGCACCAGAUCCAAACACCAACGUACCAGAACCAACCACAACAAACGUCGGGCCGAACGCAGGUACAGAAAAUCUUGAAAACCAGGCGCCAACAAACACGGUUGCACCCAUCAUCGACCAG